AAAACACUUACAUUUCCCGCUUUCUUUUUCUUUUAACACUAACUUGAGUCCGUUCGCAUUAAUCAAAACAUACAAUGGUAGCGGCGGCAAGAUCAGGCAAUACAAUUUUUAGACGAUUUGCAUUACCAUUUUUGCUAGUUUUUUUGUUUGUUUGGUUCUUGUACAACUUCAAUACACCUCCCGUUGUACAAAAUGUUGAGAAAGCGGCGAUAUCUAUUCCUGAACAAUCUAUUGAAACGCUCACUACAACGGUAACAGACUACGUUAUGGCCACACGAACAAUCACAGAAAUGAUUGUGGAAACAACAACUUCCGUUGAUGUGGAGCAGCAGGAGGAAGUUGUACUCACUAAUAACAAGAAAUUGGAACAAAAAGGAAUAUCAACGGCUACAUCUAAUGAUGAAGAACCCUAUCAGAGAGAAAAAGCUUGCUUUGUUAUACUUGCUAGAAAUACAGACAGAGCGGGCAUUCGCUCUGCUAUUCAGAUGAUUGAAGACCGUUUCAAUCACAAAUAUCAUUACCCUUAUGUCUUUUUAAACGACGUACCUUUUCAUCAAGAUUUUAUUGAUUAUACCACUGCUUUAGCUUCAGGUGAAACAUUUUAUGGGUUGGUCGAAGAGGACAUGUGGGGUUAUCCUGACUGGGUUGAUCAAGAUAAGGCUUGGGAAUUGCGAGAUAAAAUGGGUGAAUUGGAUAUACCUUAUGGUGAUUCAGAGUCUUAUAGACAUAUGUGCCGAUUUCAGAGUGGUUUCUUUUUCCGCCAUCCUCUGUUGGAUAAUUAUGAUUAUUACUGGCGCGUUGAACCCGAUAUCCACUUCACUUGUGAUAUUGACUACGAUCCUUUCAGAUUUAUGCGCGAAAAUGAUUUGAAAUACAGCUUCACAAUUACUUUACUUGAGUUCGAAGAGACUAUUGAAACGCUUUGGGACACUACUAAGGAGUUUAUUAAGAAGUAUCCUGAGUACAUUAUUCCCUUCAAUAGUUCAGACAGUUUCAUUUCCUGGAUUUCCCCAGAUAAUGGUGAGAGCUAUAACCUGUGUCAUUUCUGGAGCAACUUCGAAAUUGGUUCACUCAAUUGGCUUCGAUCAGACGCUUAUUUGACUUUUUUCAACCACCUUGAUAAAACCGGCGGUUUCUUCUAUGAGCGUUGGGGUGAUGCGCCAGUCCAUAGUAUUGCAGCUGCCCUUAUGCUUAGAAAGUCAGAGAUGCACUUCUUUUAUGAUAUGGGCUACUUCCAUGAUCAUGUGACACACUGUCCGGAUGAGCCAGCUUGGUUGCCUAUCGAGAAGUGUAGCUGUGAUCCUGCGGAUAGUAUUGACGACGAUAGACUUUACUCUUGUACGGCUGAAUGGUUAGAUGUCUUGGAAAGAAAAAGAACGACUUUAUUAUUACACAACGAGUUCCCAAGUUUAAGAACAUUUCUUACAAGUAAGGGUUUGAAUCUAUUUACAGCAAACCUUCAUCCAAUUAUCAUAUUAUCAUUCGUUUUACAAACGCGAGCAUAAAUAAAAGGAGACCCAAUACCACCCCGCAC